UUGAAUCGGCGGUGCCAACUGGCUGCAUCUCCGCCAAAACAGUGUAACUUUAGCUUAAUUUUAAGUCUCUUACAGACAAAAAUACUCAGGAUUUGCCGUUUAUGCACCACUUUUUUCGUUCAAACUUCAAACUCGGAUCUGUUUUGACGAUGGGAGUCUUUUCAGGCGUCGACUACGUGCUAGCUAAUGUUAGCUAACAUCCCGGCUACAUACGAGUCUGCUCCGUUUUCCCGAUAACUUUCCAGCUGCUAUGUAGCGCUGCAGACCGGCUGUCCAGUGUCCUCUCCUUGGUGCAUAGAUCUGUUGUUUUAUCGUUUCAAUGGGGAAAAGAAAAGACAUGAUUCACCCCAGGUUUCUCGGUGAAGGCGGCUCCAGCCUGCACAGCAUUCACAAGCGGAAACACAAAAAACACAAGAAGCACAAGAGGAAGCACCACAGCUUCGCCGAGGCCCCGGAGCCCGAGCCCGUCGUGGUUCCUCGGCCUCCUCCGCAGCUCCGACUCAAGAUCAAACUGGGCGGACAGACGCUGGGGACCAAGAGUGUUCCCACCUUCACGGUUCACCCCGGUGUGGCUGGUCCUCCCUCUCCCUUGAUGAUAAUUAAUAAUGUUGAUGAUGAUGAUGACGAUGAUGAUGAUGACGACGAUGAUGAUGAAGACGAUGAGCCCUCGGUACCUUUGGAGCAGUAUCGGGCCUGGCUGGAUGAAGACAGCAACCUGGCCACGUCCCCGAUGCCAGACAUGGACUCAGACUCCAUGUUGGGCGGGCCGGUGGACGAGGAGGAGCGGUGGCUGGAUGCUCUGGAGAAGGGAGAGCUCGACGACAACGGAGAGCUGAAGAAGGAGAUCGACGAGUCUCUGCUCACAGCCAGACAGAAAGCUCUGCUUCACAAGCAGCAGAGUCAGCCUCUGCUGGAGCUGCCCAUGGGUUACAAGGAGAAAGAGAUGACGGCUGAGAUGAUGCAGAAGCGGGAGGAACGGGCCCGAAAGAGACGACUUCAGGCAGCCAAGAAGGCCGAAGAGAACAAGAACCAGACAAUAGAGAGACUGACAAAAACCAGCAAGGCCAAAAUCAAAAGCAUGAGAGAGAGGAAGUCCAAGCAGAAUCAGUGUCCCAUGGUCAGGUACAGCGACUCUGUCCAGGGCAUGGCCAUCUCCUUCCCAACAGGGGUCCCUGCUCCCACCCAUGUGCCUCCCCGUCCUCCGCCAGGGGCCCCGAUGAACUGUGGAGUCAGCGGCUGCACCAACCUCAAGAAAUACUCCUGCUCAAAGACCAGGGUUCCUCUCUGCAGCCUCGAGUGCUAUAAGAGGAACCUGCUGCUCGUUCAGAGCACGGCUUAAACUUUAAAGGAUGAAAAUACUAAAAAUAGACGCAGUUUUGUUGGUACAAUCUAUGUGGUGAUGCAAUUAUGCGCAGAGAAGCUUUGUCAAUGUUUUUUCCUGCUGUGACACUGGUUACAAUUAUGCAUAUCAUAUAAACGUCUGUAAAUAUACAAUAUUUCUAUUUGUGAAGACGACUUAAAAUGUUAGGAGAAAGAGCAGAAUUAUGUAAAAGGUUUUGAAAGAAUAAAAGAGGCACUGUUCUUCAA